AUGAGGGUUUGUACUUCUGCGGGUGCGCUCGCCGCUUUUUCCAUCUUUUCUUCUACAUUUGCUGCUUCCAACUCCUCUUCCGCCCUCACCAACGCCAUCCUCGCUGAUGGAUAUGUUUCCCUUGGUCGUUUCGAUGAUGCCUAUCAGAAGGCCAAGGCCUUCGUGGCGACCCUCGACACCGCCGCAAAGGUCUCCAUCAUCACUGGACAGAGCGUUACCGGCAACGCCACCUGGGCCGCCCUGAACCAAAAGGAUGGUGUCUCCGGCGUCGAUUGGCAGUUCUACGUCUCCGGCUUCAGCAUGGCCAACGCCCUGGGCAUGAGCUGGAACCGUCAACUCAUCGAAGACCAGUUCAAGGCCCUCGGUGACGAGUUCUACGGCAUGGGCUACAACCUCAUCAACGGACCCGAGACUGGCCCGCUCGGCCGCACCCCUUACGGUGGAAGAACCCCCGAGACCUUUGCUUCCGACCCCUACCUUGCCGGUAUUGCCAUGGCCAAGGGCAUCUCCGGCAUGAACUCUGCCGGUGUCAUCGCCGGUGGCCGCCACUUCCUCCUCAACGAGCAGGAGACCAACCGAACCGCCCUCACCUCGGCCACCACCACCAGUGUCUACUCUUCCAACGCCGAUGACAAGACUAUCCAUGAGCUCUACUCCUGGCCCUUUGCCGACGGUGUCCAGGCAGGUAUGAUGGCCGUCAUGUGCGGUAUGACCCGCGUCAACGGAACCCUCUCUUGCGAGAACAACAAGCUCGUCAGCAAGCUUCUCAAGAAGGAGUUUGGUUUCCUCGGUCUCGUCUUCCCCGACGUCAACUCUCAGGCCACCUCCUACGGCUCCGCCAACGCCGGUCUCGACUACGGCUCUAGCACCUUCUGGACCGAGGACAUCCUCAACGCCGGCAUCAAGAACGGCAGCUUCACCCAGGCCCGUCUCGACGAUAUGGUCGUCCGCAACGUCAUCGGAUACUACUACGUCGGCCUCGACGACGGCAAGCAGCCCUCCAUGGCCCCCACCACCGAGUACCGUGACGUGCGCGGUAACCACUCAAAGCUCAUCCGACAGGUUGCCGGCGAGUCCAUCGUCCUGCUCAAGAACUCCAACGCCCCAGGCCUCGGUCUCCCUCUCCAGAAGCCUCGCACCAUCUCCCUCUUCGGAGCCCACGCCGGCCCUGCUCUUGUCGGUCCCAACCAGGGUUUCACCGUUCAGGGUGCCGCCAGCGACGUCUACCAGGGUCACCUUGUCUCCGGCAUUGCCUCCGGCGCGCUCUCGCUCCCAUACUUGGUCACCCCUUUCCAGGCACUCACCCAGCGCGCCAUUGACGACAACAGCAUGAUCUGGUGGCUCAUGAACAACACCUACACCUCUAAUACCGUUCCUGGUCCCUUCAACUCCCUUGGCGAGGGUACGGCCCUGACCCCUUCCUACACCAACUACGCUGAGAACUCCGAGGUCUGCAUUGCUUUCAUCAACGCCUACUCUGGUGAGGGUGGCGACCGCAGACGCCUGUACGAUGACGACCAGGAUGCCAUGAUCACCACCGUCGCUUCCAACUGCAAAAACACCGUCGUCGUCGUCAAUGCCGCCGGCCCCCGCAUCCUCGACGCCUGGAUCGACCACGAGAACAUCACCGCCGUUCUUUACUCUGGUCUUCUCGGCCAGGAGAGUGGUAACGCAAUUGCUGAUGUCUUGUACGGCGACGUCAACCCCAGCGGCAAGCUGACCCACACUAUCGCCAAGAAGGCCGAUGACUACCCCGUCUCCAUCUGCUACACCGAGGACUGCAACUUCACCGAGGGCGUCUUCAUCGAUUACCGCUACUUCGACUCCAAGAACAAAACCGUCCGCUACCCCUUCGGCCACGGCCUCAGCUACACCACCUUCGCCUACGGCAAGGUCGACGCCAAGGUAACCAACCAGACCGCCGCCGACUCCAAGUACCCGACCGGCACCCUCGUCCCCGGCGGCGAGGAGGACUUAUUCGAGGAGGUCAUCAGCGUCAAGACCAACAUCAAGAACGACGGCGGCAUCCAGGGCGCCGAGGUUGCCCAGCUGUACAUCAGCUUCCCCACCGAGGCCGCCCAACCCCCCCGCAUCCUCCGCGGUUUCGAAAAGAUCAACCUCGCCCCCGGUGCUGCCGGCGACGUGACCUUCAGCGUCCGCAGACGUGAUGUGAGCUACUGGGACACCGCUGCCCAGAAGUGGGCUAUCGCCAGGGGCAAGUACACCUUCUCCGUCGGCUCCAGCUCGCGCGACAUCCGCGCCUCCGCGGACAUCACCAUCUAA